AUGUGUGAGAUAUCAACUGACAUAUUUGUAUAUACUAGAACAUUUUGGUUUUGACUGUGAAUAACUUUGGCAAUACUUAGUAGCUGAAAUUUGGGAAUGGAACUACAAUUCAAUUUAUAUAACAUAUUAAACAGACCUCAUGCUGAUCCCAGUGAGCUAUUUCUCUGCUCCAGUCCUUGGCCCAUGCUCAUCAUAACAUCGUCUUACUUGUUCUUUGUGCUAAAGCUGGGGAAAAAGAUGAUGGUAAAUCGGAAUCCAAUUGACCUACGAAUGGUUCUCAAGGUGUACAAUCUCAUGCAAAUCCUCUACAAUAGUGCACUUUUGAUAGGGGCAUCUUAUUAUCUCAUCUCUCUUAAACCUCACAACCUGAGUUGUCUGACAGUAAUGACACUGGAUAAUCCCUUAAAGAGCACAGAUCGUAUGCUCUCCUAUGCGUAUUAUGUCAACAAGUUCAUCGAUUUACUGGACACGGUUUUCAUCGUUUUGAGAAAGAACUACAAACAGAUAUCAGCCCUGCAUUUACUGCAUCAUCUAUAUAUGCCAGUUUGCGGAUACUUUAUAAUACGAUUCAAUGGCUUCGGUGGUCAUAUUAUAGUCACAGGACUUCUUAAUUUGUUUGUUCAUAUCGUCAUGUAUGGUUACUAUUACCUUGCAUCACAGAACUCACUUAACAAGCGAAACCUAUGGUGGAAGCAGUAUAUUACCAUCCUACAAAUGGUGCAGUUCGUGAUCAUCUUUGCGCAUAGUGCUUGGACUCUUACUCAGCCAAACUGCCAAGUAUCUCGUCCCCUAAUCUAUAUGGUCAUCUUUAUGUCAGUAAUUAUGUUUACUAUGUUUUCCAACUUUUUCAUACAUGUCUAUGUUCUGCCCAAGAGAAAAAUUGUUGAAGAGAAGCUUAAGUAAUUUUAAAAAUUCGGAAUAGACUUGCGUUGGUGAAAAUAAGGUUUCAAUAUAUUUUGCGUUACUACAUUUUGUGAACUUUUAUAAAAUUGAAGUGGAGAAAAUCUCAAAUUUAAUAAAAAGUUAAUUUAUAAAUUUAUUCUAA